AUGAAAUCCGAAGACUCACACAAUAUGGAGUCACCAAAAUCUCCAAUGAAAAUUGACAACCCAAAGACAGUGACUCGAAGUCCUGAACUCGCAGAACCUAUAGCAGAACCUCGAGAGUGGAAUACAAAGAAUCUGCCAUAUAGAUUGGGUGUGGAUUUUGUGUCUGGUGCCACUGCUGCAACUAUGGUUGCGCCAAUUAUCACUAUCAUUGAUAAAGGCAUCAUGCAAAAUGCCUCAGGUCAAGCGACACUCAAAGAAUCAUUACGAUUAUCCCUCAAGAGCUUUGUUCUCCGACCUCAUAGUCUCAUCUUCUCGAAACCGUUCGCCCUGAUAUGUAUGUUAUAUGGAGGCACAUAUUUAACAGCCAAUACCCUCGAUACUGUUACAUCCACCAUACACAAUAAACCCGCAUCCACAGUCACAUCUGGAACCUCCAAAUUCGUUGCAAGUUCGACUGCAAAUAUCGGAUUGUGCCUUUUCAAAGAUCAAACGUUUGCCCGUAUGUUUGGUCCCUCCGGUCCACCGAGACCUGUACCACUUCCUUCAUAUAUACUCUUCACUGCUCGUGAUUGUCUCACCAUUUUUGCUUCAUUCAACAUACCGCCAAUGCUUGGUCCGAUUAUCAAUAAGAAUCUAUCUGAGGAAUUACAAAAAUCGAUAAGCGGACAAACAAUUUCCCAAUUUCUCGCACCGGCUUCCGUACAGCUUUUGAGUACGCCUAUGCAUUUAUUGGGCUUGGAUUUAUAUAACAGAGGUCAAGGUGUUACUUGGGGAGAUAGGUGGAGUAUUAUAAAGAAGAAUUGGGGUGUCAGUGCUGCGGCUAGAAUAUGUAGAAUUGUGCCUGCAUUUGGUGUUGGAGGGGUUGUCAAUAUGAAAGUUAGGAAAGGAUUGAUGAAUCGUUUGGAGUAA